GCCUUCUCAGUGUGAGUCUUUUUACAAGAAUGUCUGUUAUAUUGUGGUAAAAACAAUAAGUUGAAGUUUUUGAUAUUGGUUUAUCAUUUUAAAUUCUCUCAUUUAAUUUUAGUAUGUAUAGCUCCCACAGAGUAUUUUUAUUUCAUCAUGAAGGUUUGUUGCAGCUACAUAGUUACAAACACUUUGAUCUGUUGAUUUCCCCCCUACCACUAGACUCUAGAUCUGUUUAGAGAAGAAAAAAAAUGCCAGCCAACAUGCUUCAAGUGCUCCUGUUAUAUUUUCAGAUGAUUGCAUCAUUGAUGGAAGACCUGCCAGAUGGCAAAUCUCUUACUGGAUUUAUAUAAAUGUGUCUACUGGAUGAAUUUUACAAACAGUACCACUGGUGCUCAAAGUCACACUAUGUACCACUAAGACAUGGAAAAUUGUCAAAGAAAUCACUUAUUUGAAGCAAGCUCAGUCAGCGGAGUAUUUGUCUACUCCAUAGACCAAGAGGAGCCAGUAUAUCUUAAGUUCACUCAUACCAUCAGGAUCAAAAUUCUCUUCGACACUUUGGAUAGGGCUUGUGGUAAAGCUUUUGAUGUGGUCACAGCUGUGCUGCACCCCCCGACUCAGUGUGCUGAGCAGCCCUGUGAAAGCUUGUCAGUUACAGACAACACAAGCCAGUAUGGAGAUGAGGCUGUAGAACAAAGUAUGAAUAGUGAGCCAUUCCACUCAGAACCAAGUCAUCAAGUGGCCAAUCAGAAUACUUCAAAUACUGGUCAGUGCAAAUUAAGUAUUGAUUCAGUGAGAAAAGCAGACAUCUAUGAUAAAAAUAAAAAAUCAAAGAAUUUCAAGCAUGAAUCAAAGCUUAUAACAGUAUCCCCUAGAGAAUUUCAACCCGAGAUCAGUCAUCCUAAGCAAUGUCAGUCCACAGAAGACUCUCCAGAAACAUUUCAACUAAAACUGAGAAGCUCUUCUAGUAAAGUUCAUGGAGUUCAAAGGAUCAAGAAAAAACUUAUCAAACGAAAAACUCAGAAAAAUAAAUUGGAUGGUUUUCCUGGAGUUAAGAGAAAAAAAAGGUCUAAUGAAAAUAAAACUGUUAAAGAAAAAUCUAAGCCAGCACAGGAGGAGACCAAAAAACUGCAGAAAGAAAAGCAAAUACAGUGUGAAUUCUGUGGAGUAGUUUUCAGCAACCAGCUGCAAUAUUAUAAUCAUAGAAGGGCAGAAGAGUCUAAGCACACAUGUAUUGUAUGUGGGAAGGUGGAGCCCUAUGAAGCACACCUGAUAGUUCACAUGCAGAAGCACAGACGAACUAAAGCUGAUGUUUCUAACCUUGGGCAGUCUUCUUCAGAAAAUGCAUUGCCAAAAGAGCUUAAGAUCCAACCCAGCAGUGGAAAAAGUAAAAAGAACAAAAAGGUGAAAAUGAAGUGCAAUCUGUGUGGCUUGGUCCUGUCAUCCAAGGACAGUUUGAAAAUUCACACCAUGCUCCAUACUGGGGAGUGUGCCUACAAAUGUUGUGUUUGUGGGGAAAUGUUUUCAUCCUUAUCUUCCCGCCAGCACCAUAUGGACACUCACGUCUCUGUCCAGAGGUUCAAAUGCAACCCAUGUGGCCAGAGAUUUGCUUCCAGGGCUGAGCUGGCCAAACACCAGCUUACCCAUGAGAUAAAGUGUGCCUUGUGCGGUCAAGUGUUCCCAAACAAAACCAGCAGGACCUGCCAUUUCAGGGUGUGUCACCCCCAGGACAUCCUCAAAUGUUCUUUGUGUUCCAACUUGUUUGCCACUGAAGAAGACCUAAGCAGACAUAUGAUUUACCACAAGAAGGGCAAGAAAGAACAAUGCCCAGAGUGUGGAGUUGUUGUAUCUAAAUUGAAAGAUCACAUGUUACUGCACAGUCAGCAACCCCAGGAGAAAAUGUUUGUAUGUGACCAGUGUCCCAUGAGCUAUCUCAGGAAGUCAAACUUAGAAAGACACUUGCGUACUCAUACGGGGGAGAAACCCUAUGCCUGCAAUGAGUGUACCAAGUGCUUUCGAAGCAAUGGGAUGCUGAGGAAGCACCUCCUCACACACACCCAGGAGAAACCAUACCAGUGUGAGGUUUGUGGCAAACGCUGUGCCAUUCGGUCCAAUCUGAACAUUCACAUGCGUGUACAUAACAAUGAUAGGAACUACCCAUGCUCCCUUUGUCCACAAGCCUUCAGCUACAAAAACUCUCUUCAUGGUCAUAUAAAGAGCAAGCAUUCAAGGGAGACAGAUGGCCAGACUCACUCUGUCAAGCUGACUUCAUGCCACCAUCCUAGUCAGCAGGCAGCACAGCAUUUAAUGACAGAAAUGGACCCCUCCAUCCAAGAUAUCCCACUAGGUUUGCAACCCAGCAUGAGCCCAGAGCUCCUGCUCAAGUCAGACAGCAGCAUGAUCCCCCAGCAGAAUGAAUUUAUUGACAUACACCCCCACAUGAGUUACACAUCUAACAUUCACAGCCUAUCUACCACCACCACCACCACCACCUUACUCUUAGACACUGACAGGAUUCCUCUAAUCAUGCAGGCUCAGAAUUCAAGUCACCAGUACUAAUGUCAUUUAUGUCUUACCUUCUUCAAUACCGGGUAUUACAUUUUUUUAUUUUUUUUUAACUAGUAAGUGCUUUUUCUAGUAGUAGCAGUAAAUGGGGUAUAUCCAGUGAUUGUAAAGUGUAGCUGUUAAGUACACAAACUGUUAACAUAUAUUGCUUGCUGUUUAGCUAGUGGUAACCUGUUUAACUGGUAUACACAGUACUAUACUUACAUAUGGUUUAUUCUGAUGACCAGUUUUUUUUAUGCUUUUUUUUUUUUUUUUUUGGUACAGGACCUUCACAUCAGCAUUAAUCAAAUUUUAGUUUUUCUCAUAGGAUCGCAAUGAAAUUUGUAACUGUAUUUAAAUGUAUACGAUAAUGAAUGUAUUGCUCUUAAAAUAUAAAUGAAAAAGAUAUUGUUUGGUAGAUAGAAAUGUGAAUACUGCUAAAAAGUCCUUUUUUUUUUAAAUUUUUUUUUUAUAUAUAUUCAAAUACAAAUAAAAGUCUAAUGAUCUGUUUUACAUUUUAUUUUUUUUUAUUUUACAGUUUGUUUCUUAAUCAUUUCACCCUUAGUUCAUUCUUUCUGUAGUUUAUUGGAGAUAGAAGUGGUAGCUAAGGCAUAGGACACAUUGCAGCCAGAUGGAAAUAAUGAGAGCUCAAAAUGAAAUGGUGAAAAGUUUUGAUUUUAAAUGACAUUUUUUGAAAAGAUGUUUAAUUCUAAAGACUAUUUAACUCUAACAUUCUCAUCUCUGCAUUGUAGUACUACAUUUUGUUAGUAAACUGUAUUACAAAUUUGGCAGUUCCCACUGAAUUGAUAAUUCUAUUUAAAACCUAGGUAGAAUAAAUGUUUCUAGAGCUAGUUUAUAAAUAUAUCUUAUUUAUCUACUGUACAUGUCCAUAGGUUGCUAAUUUACUUAUAAUUUGUUGUUUUUUUUUUAAUGCAUGGAUAUAUUAUAAUUUAUAUCAGACAUCUGUUGUCAUUAGACUAUGUUAUUAAAACUGAAGAAUUAAUUACAUGAUUUAAUAUCAUUAUGAUGUAUUUUUGUUUGUGUAAUGUCAGAUAAAUUUUUACUACUGGCAUAAAUUUAAAAUAGUUCAUGAUAAUGAUCAUAUUAUCAUUCUUUCCCUUUUCUUUAAAUCUAGUUACCCAAUACGGGUACAGGAAUUUUUUUUAAAUGUUGAUUGAAGAAAUUAGCUCCUGUAGAUUAAUAACAGUGGCAUAGCUAGGGAGGGGGGGUCCAAAUUUGAAAAUCCUUCCAGACCCCCCACUUGAGGAAGGCCCCCAAAUGAGUGUAAAAGAAAAUGUUUUUACAUUAAAUAUUACAACUAUUACGUCAUUAUCUCAUGUCAUGAUGUUUGGUCCUCUAGCAUGGCCACUGAUUAAUAAUACACUAUUUAAUUGAACUACUGCUAUUUGUAGGUUAUGUUUGAUUUUACUACUCUGGUCUUGAUUAGCUAUUUUUCUUGUUAGUUUUUUGUUUUCCUCAAAUGAUGUUCUUUUCACUUGUUUGACAUGUCUAUAUCUUUAAUAUCACUGCUUUGUUUACUCUUGUAGAUAAUUGUUUCAGUUGAUAUCAACAUGUGUUUUACUUUACAUGUACAUAUUUUUAAUACAAUACCACUCCAUUGUUUAAUUUAAGAGACAAUUGUUUCAGUUGAUAUCAGCACAUGAAAUCAUUGGUCUCAAUGAGACCUGUACAUGGUGUGAUGUCUGUGCCCAAAAAAAACUUGGCGAGUAAUAUUGCAAUAGGCCCAAACUGCCCAUGCCAUUUCAUAGUGAAUAUUGGAUUUUACAUCUUUGCAUCUUACAUCCAUCUUUGAACUCCUUAGCAAUUAGAUAGUGCUUCAAUUGAUCAUCAACUUGAGAAGGGGAGCAUUUACUGCCAGUUUGUAAAUCGGGAUCCAAUUAUGAUUCAAGUUUUAUGCAAAUUAUUCCAUGUUUUAUCUUUUAAACGAUGAUUAUUAUGCACCACUAUGUGUUGAAUUGUAUCUCACUCAAAGUAAAGACCACUUAGCUAUUAACUAGGUAGACAAUAAAUUUAAGCCAUAUUUAGUAUCGCUACAGUUAAGUAACUAGACUUGUUUAGUACUAUUACUUUUCUUAAAUAAGUUUGUUUCCUUUAAGUCAGUUUUGUUAAGGCUAAAUAAAGUUACAUUUGACAUAAUA